UGGAGAGUCGUGCUCCGGCCGGAUUUAGUUGUUCUCUAACUCUCGAGGGAGGAAGUAUGCGACUUUAUUGAUCUUUCGAGGGACAUAGUCGCCGAGGCAACGAAGGAUGGGCAUAUUCCGUGAAUAUCCGCUCGUUUUUAAUCUUUACAAGAAAUAUAGUUAAACCUUCGACGAGGAAAGAACGAAGAAACUGUUGGAAGAAAAUUGUGAGUGGGUUAUAUGGACACCGACAACGCUCCACAAGGUUCUACUAACUCAACGUUCGUGUAAAUAUCGCCAGCGAUCCCCAAGAAAAAAUUAACAAAUAGUGCGAAUAACAGUCUGAUCGAAUCAUCGGAGAAUUGAAGGAAGGAUAUCUGGAGUAAUUUAUGGUUGUUGUUUCUACCAUUGUGAUAAGCGAAAUGACUAAAGUGUCAGGAAUGAUAGAGGCGGAAGACGCCGUUGACAAGCCAACUCUGGUACGACGUAUGUCCAAUAUGUUGAAAGAUGGAAAUAACAGUGGACCACCGUUGUUGUUUCGCCAUGCCUCGAUGCAGAAGAUUCGCCAUUGCUGCCAAAACCUAAAUCUCUUUCCAUAUCUGCUCUACUCCUUCGGUAACUCGAAAUCGCAUCCAGUCGCACGAAAGGUGCAUCAUUGCCUUGGCCAGUUCCUUCAGCUCAUUAUCGCGAGGAUCUUCUUCCUAUGCAGGAGUUUCCGACAGUCGCUGCUACGCGGUAUUCGUUCGAAGGAGUUUGAAGUAGCGGAGCUACCAAACAGCGCCGAAUUCUGCAAGUUGACGCCACGAUUCCGAAUGACCAGGCUACAGAAACGAAAACAAGAUAGCCGCCUGUUCUUGACCCUAGCUGUAUACUUCGCCCCUCUGCUGUUAGUUUUCCAACUGAUCGGACUGGCCAGUGCGAUGGUCUUUGGAAAAUACACGCCCGGUUUCAUUUUUCUGAUCUCCGCCCUGUUGUUCCUCGGAUGCAUCUCGCUCAAGAUUCUCUUCCACGAGAGCGCCGAGGAGAGCCGUAAAAGUGUGAAAAUCAAAAUGGAAUGAUCAUGUUCCGGCUGUCGUUGCCUAUCUCAGCCAUCACUCUGCGAUCAGACUGUUUAUCAGAUAAUAGACCAGAGAGUAUUGAGUGUCUUGGUCUCUUUUACAGUUCCCCAUUGUCGCAUUUGAUUACUUAAACGACGCGAUGCCAGAUAGAGCUUACAUAUUACCUGUGUAUAUCGCAUGAAAUUAGUUUGUCCAUGCUUGUUCAUGUCCUUUUUUUAUUCCCUCAUACUCUUCCUUUCUCACUCUCUCUUUCUCUCUCUUUUUCUUCCUUUCUCUCUUUCUAUAAUAUACAUAUGUAUGUUAGUUGCCCAUCGAUGGCUUUCUAGUUAGUCUAGAAUUUCGAGUCGAUUGGUUCGCAAGUUCCAUGUUUUUUUUUUUUUACAUUUCGUUAUUAUCGGACUGAUACAUGUAAUCGUACGCGUAAGUAACGUAGUUGCAACUUUAGAGGAUAGACAGUUUGUAACCACGUGCUUCAGAUUACGAAUACGGUCUUUUUUUGAAGAAGUUCGUACAACGUAUGUAUUACUUUUAUCUACGCAUAAUUGUUAUUCUUCCUUUUAUUUCUCUUUUUUUUUUAACUUCUUUUCGUUUUCUCGGAUUCCAACUUCCGAGAAUUAAUUAGCAUUUUAUAGGCGCCAUAUGAACGCUAUGUACACAUGUGAAUGAAAUGCAAUUUACGAGUUACCUGGAUAAUGUAUCGCGGUUAACCUUAUCCUCUACGGCAGAAGACUGAAACUUUAACUCGUAUAUAAGACUCGUUUUAACUUGUAUAUAAAAGAGGAGAAGAUAUAUAUUAAAAUAUACUAUGUUAUAUAUGUAUACAUAAUGCGAGAAAAAAAUGAUUUAUUCUAUAUCGUAAGGUUAUAUUAGCUGUCACUCGUCAAAAUGACUUGAUGUGUCCACUAAAACGAGUUAAGGUAAUCUGUGAUCAAGUGGAUCCAAGUGUAUUUUUCGCGGCCAUUCGCUAUCCUACUUACUUAAGUACGAUAAGGAGACAUGUAACUUUGAUCUUUUUUUUUUUAAAUAUACAUUACAUCUUACGUAA